AUGGCGUGGAGCCAUCUCGACAUUGACAAGCCCCAUGUCGCGUAUAUUAUCCUAGGCGGCUUUACCAGCUUGUUCAUGCUAUGCUCGCUAUUUGUGAAGGAAAAGCUAUAUAUUGGCGAAGCCACAGUUGCCACAUUGUGUGGUGUCAUCUUUGGCCCUCAUGCAGCCAACUUUCUGAACCCCAUAUCUUGGGGGAACGUUGAUAAGCUUACGCUGGAAUUCUCGCGAAUUGUGCUUGUCGUGCAAUGUUUUGCCGUCGGCGUCGAAUUACCGAAGUCCUAUAUGGAAAGACACUGGAAAUCUGUAGCAUUACUUCUGAUACCCGUGAUGACCUGGGGCUGGAUGAUGACGAGCCUCUUUAUUUGGUGGAUGGUUCCCCCAUUGACGUGGCUAGAGAGUCUCAUUUGUGCAGCUUGUGUUACUGCCACUGACCCUGUCCUGGCUUCAUCUGUUGUCGGUAAGGGCAAAUUCGCAAAACGGGUCCCUAAACAUCUUCGAGAUCUGCUCUCAGCAGAGUCAGGCUGCAAUGAUGGCAUGGCUUUCCCUUUCAUUUACCUCUCACUAUACAUUCUAGCGUAUCAGCCUAAGGCCAACAAAGUGGCUUUUCACUGGUUCUGCGUCACGCUUCUUUACGAAUGCAUCUUAGGUGCCUUUUUUGGCUUCAUGAUCGGCUACGCCGGCCGCCAUGCGAUAAAGUUUGCGGAGCGGAAGGGUCUUAUCGAUCGAGAAAGCUUUCUAGUAUUUUACUUUGUCCUUGCUUUAUUUUGUGCAGGGACUGGGAGCUUACUAGGCAUGGACGAUCUUCUCAUGGGCUUUUCCGCCGGUGUAGGCUUUAGUAAUGACGGCUGGUUCACUGAAAAAACCGAAGAGUCUCAUGUCUCUAAUGUUAUUGACUUGUUACUCAACUUGACUUACUUCGUUUACUUUGGUGCAAUCAUUCCCUGGCAGGAGUUCAAUGACAUAGAGAUUGGUCUCCCUGCUUGGAGAUUAGUUGUCAUUGCAAUCCUGGUGAUAUUGUUCCGUCGGAUACCCAUCAUGUUACUGUUGAAGCCUAUGAUACCAGAUAUCAAGACCUGGAGAGAAGCUUUAUUUGCGGGCCAUUUCGGUCCAAUCGGUGUAGGGGCAAUUUUCGCCUGUAUCUUAGCUCGAGCUGAGUUGGAAACACAUUCGACUCAACCCCUUGACGGACUUCCUGGAAAAGGCGAACACAAUUACACCGUCAUUAAAUUGAUAUGGCCUAUAACAACAUUCUUAGUUAUUUCCUCUAUCCUCGUUCAUGGGUCCUCUGUCGCUGUCUUCACACUGGGCAAGCGCAUCAACACAUUAACCAUCACCAUGUCGUACACUACAACUAACGAUGAAGGCCCGUCUUGGAUGAAUCGGUUGCCCCGUAUUCAGUCUCAAUCUAAGGCCUCACUGUCUUUACGCAAAGAAUCUCUCGACUCAUCUAGCGAAGGGGUCCCUCAAUUUCCUCCGGGGACUCUUGGCCCUAUUGGCAUACCUGGCAGCCUAUUACGACGGCAAAAAGAAGGAGAUCAGCCAAGUCAGCCAGGUAGUCGCUCUUCAAGCCGAAAACCCAUAAAACGGAAGAAGCUCAGAGCAGGGGGACCAAUUAGCCAAUCCGCCAUUACCCCUCAAAGGAGAGCAGAGCCGGCAACUACUUCCGAAUCUACAGACCUUGAACGGGGUGUAGUAUCACUGACAUCCGGUGGGCAAUCCAGUGAUGGACUUGAAGGUCAGACGCCGCCUGGGGAGCCAGAAAUAGAGGUUUAUCAAGAAGGAGGUAAAAUUAUCAUUGAAGAUGAAGAAGGAAAUGUUUUGGAGACGGUCGACAUCAGCCAUAUUCCACCCGAAGAACGGGAGCAAGAAAUUAUGGCCCAACAUAGACGAAUCCGCGAGGACUCUUCUGGGAUCUUCGCCAAAGGACGAAAACACCCCCAUGAGCGGGAUGAAGGGGAAGAGAUCAAACGCAUCGGCGAAGAUCGGCUCUCCCAUCCGAUGAAGCACCUAAAAAAACAUUUUUGGAAGCAUGGGAAGAAGAAGGAUUUGUUGCCUCCUGAAAGUUCGUUAGAGGCAAAGCCGAAGAAGGAGCGCAAGCGUCGAUCUGCACGAGCGUAUCAGUUUGCACACACAAUUAUCGUAGAAGACGAGGAUGGAGAGGUCAUCAAGAAGUAUAAUAUCCCGGGACACAAGACCACAAAGAAAGAGACCCAAGUAGGCGAGUCAUCUGUUGGGGCGGAAUCUUCAAGAUGGCACUUGUCCCGGAUGGGUAGUUGGAUGGGCCGUGGAGAGGACAAAGAAGGAGAACAGAAACCAAAAAACGAUGAAGAAGCGUCAUCCGAUGAAGAGAGGCUCAGAUUCACUGUUCCUGGGAAUGGUGGCCAAGGCCGACGCCUUGGUGGACGUAGAAUGACAAAAGAAGAUUUUAUCAGAGAGAUUCAGCAACUCGAUCCUAAAGCUCGAAAAGAAAUUUAUGACGAAGAUAUCCCGGGCCAGCUGCAUCCAGUCACAGUACAAGAGCAAGAAGAACCGCACUAUCGUUUCGUUGAAGGUCAGGAAACACCGCUGAGCAUCACCAACGAACACCCAUCUUCGAUAACACCAGGUGAUGAUAGCACUGAAAGAGAAGACGUACCAUCUUAUGAUGUUGCCGCCUCUUUAGCUCGGUAUACCGGUUUGCAAUCCUCAGCUGCUGAAAGCCGCCGCCGGCGUUUCGGCGAGUCCGAAGAAUCCCUUCCUUUAUCACCGAUGAGCCGUGGGCGAGCCCAUCGACGCUCUGAGGAUUACGGAACAAUGCAUAUUCCACCAGCGGAAGUUAGGCACUUGCCAGGCUUGCCGCCACCGCAGGUAUCGGCGUCAGGAGCGGUCGGGCUGGACAUGGAUAGCGAAACCCCAGCAGAGCGGAAACGUCGCCUGGCGGCUCUAGGCCAGCUACCAGACACACAAAAUGAUGGUGGGAAUGGCCGUCGCGCUGAUAGUGACAGCUCUGAUAGCGAGGAUGACGGACGACCGCGCCCUGUAAAGGGGAAAGUGUCCUUCGCUGAUGGAACUAGGCCGGCGAAAGCCAGGACUAGCGCGAUGAUGCUGUCGUCCGCGCAAGCUGGAAGUAGCAGUGACGUGGCCGAGCAGGGUUCUUCGACUACCGGCAACGGCAACGGCAACGGCAACGGCAACGGGAAUGCUCAAAGGGGCCAUGCGUCGCGGAUUUCGUGGGGAGGCGAGAGGGGACGAUCUUGA